AUGGACGCCGUUGCCUUCUGUCUUUCACUGGUGGAUCGACACCUCAAGACAAAUGUGUCUUUUCUUAGACAAACGGUCCCCGAGGCCUCUUCCAAGAUGGGUAUGAGAGAGGACGACGUGCUUGCAACGCUCAUGCACCAGAUGUGGGCAGGCUGCUACAGCAACGCACUUUCUCUGCCGGCCUCUGUAUCCAUUCCGGCUCUCCCUGCUCAGGCGGCCGAGGCCCUCCUCAAACCUCACCACUCACCAAUGAGGUUUCCUGCGCAAACGCUUGUCGACAUUGACAAACUUGUCAAGGAAUUCGCGGAGGGCCGUUUGCCCUCCGAUGGGGAUACAACGGACUGGAGAGACACUUGGAGCGGCGCUAACUCCUGUUGCCGCAGCGAGGCAUUCUCUACUGCUGCAGCAGCACAGGACUUCUGUGCUACUGCAGCAGCGGAGGACUUGUCUGGUGCUGGUGGAGCGGGGGACUUUGCUUUACCAGCAUCAGACUUUUUUUCUCGCAAAGCAAUGGAACUGUACCAGACUGAACGUGGGCUGAGCUGGAGUGGGUGA